UCAGUAGGCGGCAGGAGUUGGGUGCCAUGGAGAGGGUGUAAAACCCCGCAGCCGGAAGUGUCUUCUGGGAGGCGUCUAUUCCGGAAGUGUGGCAAAUACCUAGCAGAACCCGGAAGUGUGGUGCUGCUGCCGGCCGGAAAGUAUUGGUAUCCGGCCAAUUGGGAUUGGGGGUUAAGACAGGGAUGUGCAGAUGGAGGCCGGAGAAGAUACUCCUGCCCCAGCCCCCGGGGCCGCGGAGGACUUGGCGGACACGCAGCUCCCCGGUGAGGAGAGUGGGGUUCACGGGGACCCGCCGGAUCUCGGAGACCCCGACCUGGAGGAAACAGGAUCCAAGGCCAAGGACCAGCCGCCCAGCCUCCUGUCACCACUGCCCCAGCUGGAGGCCCCAUCAAGCACCUGUGAGCACUGGAAGACCGCAGCCUCAGACAGUAGCCUCAUUCAUGUCCCUGAGAGUAGCCCUGGAGGCCAGAGUGGGGACCCAAGUGAUGAGGACUGGCGCAGCCAACGGAAGCACGUAUUUGUGCUGAGUGAGGCUGGCAAACCCAUCUACUCACGGUACGGUAGUGUGGAGGCAUUGUCGGCUACCAUGGGCGUGAUGACAGCCCUUGUGUCCUUCGUGCAGAGUGCAGGAGAUGCCAUCCGUGCCAUCUAUGCUGAGGACCACAAGCUGGUGUUCGUACAGCAGGGCCCACUGCUGCUAGUGGCCGUGUCCCGGACUCCUCAGUCAGCAGCACAGCUACGGGGGGAGUUGCUAGCUGUGCAUGCACAGAUCGUGAGCACAUUGACACGGGCAAGUGUGGCCCGCAUCUUCGCACACAAGCAGAACUAUGACCUGCGCCGCCUGCUAGCUGGUUCAGAGCGCACGCUGGACCGGCUUCUGGACAGUGUGGAGCGAGACCCAGGUGCCCUGCUCCUAGGCGCAGUGCGUUGUGUCCCCCUGGCCCGCCCACUGCGAGAAGCACUUGGUGCACUGCUGCGGCGUUGCACAGCACCAGGCCUGGCACUGUCAGUGCUGGCAGUUGACGGUCGGCUAAUAACAGCAGCCCAGGAACGGAACGUGCUGGCAGAGUGCCGGCUGGACCCAGCUGACCUGCAGUUGCUGCUCGACUGGGUGGGUGCACCAGCUUUUGCGGCAGGUGAGGCAUGGGCCCCAGUGUGCCUGCCCCGCUUCAACCCCGACGGCUUCUUCUACGCCUACGUUGCCCGCCUGGAUUCCAUGCCUGUCUGCCUGCUGCUGCUUGGCACCCACCGGGAGGCCUUCCAUGCCAUGGCUGCCUGUCGGCGCCUGGUCGAAGAUGGGAUGCGCACCCUUGGUGCCCUGCGUGCCCUCGGGGAAGCUGCCAGCGCCUCUAAUGCCCUGGCAGCCAGUGCCCCUGCCUACAGUGUACAGGCUGUGGGGGCACCAGGCCUCCGGCACUUCCUCUAUAAGCCACUGGACAUCCCUGACCACCACCGCCAGCUCCCCCAAUUCACCAGCCCUGAACUAGAAGCGCCAUACAGCGGAGAAGAAGAGCGUCAGCGGCUGUCGGAUCUGUACCACCGUCUGCAUGCUCGCCUCCACAGCACCUCUCGACCCUUGCGCCUCAUUUACCAUGUGGCAGAAAAGGAGACGCUACUGGCCUGGGUGACUUCCAAAUUUGAGCUCUAUACCUGUCUCAGCCCUCUGGUGACCAAGGCAGGUGCUAUCUUGGUAGUGACCAAACUGCUGCGCUGGGUGAGGAAAGAGGAGGACCGACUCUUUAUUCGUUACCCACCCAAGUACUCCACACCCCCAGCCACCUCUACGGACCAAGCUACCCAUAAUGGCUUAUUCACUGGACUCUGAGUGCCAGAGCUCCCAGACUGCUGGGAGCAAUCACCUUUGUCUUCACCCUGGAAAUAUGUGUUAGGCAUCUGUCUGUGGCUGGUUUCCGUCUCCCUCAGCAGUCAGGCAAGAGCUGAGGGAAGGGCUUGUCCACAAAUAAGAGAUGGGUGGCAGCAGCCACUGGCACAGGCUGCUUUCCCAGUCUCUUCAUGCACCUCCUUCUCCCCUCCCUAUGUCUCACCUCCUGGACUUGGAUGAUGUUCCAGCCUGCAUCAGGGGCUGUCCCUCCAGAUCUGCUUCAGAAGUUGGCCUCAUUGGAUUUUCAGCCUACAGGCCUGGUCAGGGUCUCUGGGGGUGGCCCAAAGGGGUUCUAGAAUCAGGAAUGCCAGCCUGUGCCUGAACCUACCUGAGGAUAUUUUUAAAGAAGAAAACUACAUAAAAGGCCUAAAGCCAAGCCCCAUAAGCAUAUUCCUUUGCCCUUCUUGUAUUUCUGUUCAUUUUUACCUUACCAAAAAAUGAGCCAUUAUCAAUGUUGGCUGCUUCUAAUAUUAAUGAGAAGGUGGCCUUCAGUGUCCACCUGUGUAACUCAGGACAUGUAGCACCUGAUUUCAUUGCACAGUGGCUGGCUGAGAUCCAGAAUUUUUACAAAGGAAUUGCACCUAGCUUCCUAAGCUCAUUUUAUGUUCUGUGAAACUGAGAUAACUCUCAGUUUAAUGAAGCUUUGUACAUGGAAAGGGGUUGGAACUCUCAUUUACUGUGUGGCACAUGCACAUUUGGCCCAGACUUUGGCAACCUGCAACAUCACAACUUGGAGAGACCUCCCUAGAGUUUGUGAGUGCACAACACUCACUCCCCAGUUGCCCACCACCUUGAUUUGGCCCUUAUUUGUCUGGAGCUGUGACCUCGUGGUUGUAUGUGUGCAUGCUGCCAAUCACCGGUACGGGCUGGCCUGCACUCCUUGGAGCAAAUGACCUGCUGUAGCUUAAGGGCGUAAAUGCACAUGUCACGCAUGCGCACUGCCUUUUGCAGUCACAUGGUGUUUUUUAGCCAAUGGGCUCCAAGGCCCAAAGCGCAAGCGCAGCCCCGCACUGGAAAAUGGCGGGGGAACUCCUGUCUUUGAAGGAGGAGUGGCCGGAAGCCGAGGAGGCUGAAGGUACUGAGGAACUUAGUAUGAACCUCAACCCAUUACAGCAGUGAAAUAAUGAUAAAAGUAAUCUUUUUUAAAAAAGUAAAACAAGCCUUUUAUUACUGAAGCUUAACCUUUCCACCAAGUGGAAAUAAGUAGCAUGCACAUUCUCGUCGGUUGGAUUGACCUGGUCGGCUUUCUGGGAUACGUUGCUUAAGUGUUGUAAACAAGUAGCUCAGUGUGCGUCACUCUAGGCACAGUGGGGAGGGACGUUCUCACAAGCCCACCCUGCUGCUGCCACCCUCAAGAAAGAGAGUUAACCCCUCACAGCUGGCGCCCGAGUCCCCACGGCUGUCGACAGUGACACUGGCCCCGAGGGGCCGGGACCGCGGGGAAUUACAGUCCAGCCAAAAGGAAAUCUCCAAGGCCUAAUGCCGCCAGCGUUGUUUAAUUAAGGAAUUUUCAAAAUGUACCAAAGUCGAGACAACAGCAUGACGAAUGCCCGUGCACCAUCACGCUCUUCAACAGAUGUUCGGUUUUCUGCCCUCUUGCCCUGCACUCCCUAAACCACUGUAUUAAUGCACACCUGAGAGCUCGUCUUGCCGGAACUACCUACGAGACAUCAGAAUAACAGUUGUUUUACUUGUCUGUCAUCUCUCCCAGAAUGUGAGCGCUAUGAGAGCAGAGAACCGUGCUGUUCCCAGCACCCAAACCAGGGCCUGCUUAGCACAUAGUGGGUGCUGGUUGGUUGGUAACGUGUGGAUAGCGAAAUAACUUUAACACAGUGUGUCUUAGAUUAAAGCCACGUGUUGAGGGCCAGCUUUUUGAAAAGGAAAGACAUAACUGCCACAACGAUCAACCUUUCAAAUUCCUCCUAGUUAUAAUUAUCAGUAAUGAGUAAAUUGGAAAACAUAUCAAGUUACCAUCUCUAUUCCGUCAAAUUGACUUUAUAAAGGGAGGGGUGAUGUCUAGCAUAGAUGAUUGGGAGAACUAACUUGAAAAGGCUCUGCUGGGGGCAGUUUUGAAGAAUAUUUUUAUUAUCUAAAAUGCUGUUCCACAUCUGCAUUGCUAGGCAGUUGGGAGAGUACACAAAUGCAUGGGCCAGGAAUGGUCAUUGGAGUGUUAUUAAGGGAGGCAAACACGAGGAAUCAUGGGAGUGGUCUAAUCUAGACGUGGGCAUACUGUGGAAUGCCUGGGACAUGGAUAUUUUUUUUUAAGAGGCAGAAACCCUAAUUUCUUAAUGGAUAAGCUCAUUGUUCAUUGACAUAGAAUGAGCGCCAAAAAGAAGUCAUAUUCUUAGUGAAGAGCCAGUUGGGAUUAAAACAUAAAAGAAAGAGGGAGGUUGUCAAUGUAGCCUUUGUGUGUUACACAGAGUAGUGUUUAAAGGCUAACAGCAGACAGCUCUAAACAACAGACUCAGAUGGGGGAGUAGGUGUGCAGAUGUGGAGGCAUUUUUGUGAGUUACUGUUUUAUUCUUUUAGAAAAACUGUAGGUAGUUCUGUGUAAUUUUAAAAUACAAGGAAAAUGUGAAGGACAUCUGAGAAUAUUUGGAUCAUUAUUAACAUCUGGAUUUGGUGGUUGUCCUGUAUGUGGUAUAUUUCCCUGUGUAAUAGUAAGUACACAGGAAAAUUAAGGAGUAAUGGGCCAUAAUGUCUGCACCUUAUGGUUAGGGAGUACUCAAAGAUGGGGAAGCUGACAAAAGGGCAAAUGGGAGCCCUGUAUCCUAUUUCUACAACUUUUGUGUACACCUGUAAUUAUUUCAAAAUAAAAUGUUUAAAAGGGGACUCAUACUCUACAUGCUGUUUUCUUCUGAAACAUGGAAACUUUAAAAUUUUUUAAUCAAGAUGUUAGAUUAUUUAAAAGACUUACUUAGCAUUCCCCCUUGGUCUUAACUCAUGUCUAGACAAGAAAAGCUGUAGACAGGAAAAGUCCAGAUGGAGCUUUUGCAGAAGUAGUUACCAUGUGGGGACAAUCAGAGGACAUUGCAUAUGGUCUAAGUAUUGGGUGAGAGUACAUGCUGAUUGUUAAUCUCAUUGGUUGAUUAUAGGACUGAGGUUAUCCUAGAAAAUGUCCUUAAGCAGUUGAGACUCAAUGGUGUAACUGGGGAGAAAAUGUCAAGAGUUGAACACAGUAAAGACAGCAGAAGCAAAUAUGGGUGAA